UGCGGUUAUGGCCCAAAAUGGCAGUGAUCAAAUGACAACCUCUCAACAAACACGAGAACGAGAUUUACUCUGGUUUGUGGUUGAAUUUGAGCAGCAAUUAGAAGAUUCUACAACAGUAGAAGUUGUGCCUUCAACAUGGGUGACAAUUUUAGAAAACAUAACAACAUGCAAAUGGCCACCAAAAAACAGUCGUAAAGCGAUAAAGAAGCGAAUACCCCCAUCGGAUUCUUGGGAAACGUGGACCAUAGUAAACAUUUUACUAAAAAUUGAAACCAGUGUUGACAGACGAUUACCAGUAUGCUGUGGAUACUACAAAUGUGUAUUUCACAUCUCCACCAAUUUCGACCCCUUCACUCCGCCCCUCAACUUCCCAUCAUCCCUGUUUUUCCCUGUUUUUCAUUUGACAGACAAUUACCAGUAUGCUGUAGAUUUUAAACUGGCAGAGGGAAACGAAGGGUAA